GAUCUAUGAUGGGAGGCAGCCUGUUCUGUGUAUCAUGGACAAAAGCAUGAUCAAGACCGUCCUGAUUAAAGAGUGUUACAACAUCUUCACCAACCGCAGGAACUUCCAUCUGAACGGCGAGGUGUUUGAUGCGGUGUCCGUUGCCGAGGACGAUACAUGGAGACGGAUCCGCAGUGUCCUCUCACCUUCCUUUACCUCUGGACGACUAAAAGAGGAAAAGGGAGUGGUUUUGUGCGAUGUUGGUAUCAUGAAGCAGCACUCUUCUACCCUGCUGAGCGGAAUGAAGAAGCAGGCAGAUAAAGACCAGACCAUCGAAGUGAAAGAGUUCUUUGGGCCCUACAGUAUGGACGUGGUCACCAGCACAGCCUUCAGUGUGGACAUUGACUCUCUGAACAACCCUUCAGACCCAUUUGUCUCCAACGUCAAGAAGAUGCUCAAGUUUGACCUGUUCAACCCACUGUUCCUCCUAGUCGCUUUGUUUCCCUUCACUGGUCCUAUCAUGGAGAAGAUGAAGUUUUCUUUCUUCCCGACUGCGGUGACAGACUUCUUUUACGCCUCGCUGGCUAAGAUCAAAUCUGGACGUGAAACUGGGAACUCAACUAAUCGGGUGGAUUUCUUACAACUGAUGAUCGACUCUCAGAAAGGCAGCGACACAAAGACAGGAGAGGAACAGACUAAAGGACUGACUGAUCAUGAGAUCUUGUCUCAGGCCAUGAUCUUCAUCUUCGCCGGCUACGAGACCAGCAGCAGUACUAUGAGUUUCCUGGCCUAUAACCUGGCAACCAACCCCCAUGUCAUGACCAAACUGCAGGAGGAGAUAGAUACUGUGUUCCCCAACAAGGUAACCCCCACACCAUGACCAAACUGCAGGAGGACAUAGAUACUGUGUUCCCUAACAAGGUAACCCCCACACCAUGACCAAACUGCAGGAGGAGAUAGAUACUGUGUUCCC